CCCCUCCAGCAGCACCCACAUUAUAAAGGGGCCACCAAGCGCCUGGCCGGGAACCUACCAGGUCAGCGCUUGUGACUCCGAAUCCCCAGCUGCGAGAUUCUCAUCCUAUUCGGACCACCACAAUGGUGGCCUUGGGCGCCUCCCUGCUUCGCACCGGGCGAGGGCGCUUCUGUCUGAAAGCCGUUGUGACUGCACCCAAGACUCCAUUCUUCGGUUGGCACAUCCGCUUUGCCUCCUCGGCCAUCAAACCCCCACCAUACCAAGCACCACCGAAACAGAAGCCCAAGUCUGUGGCCCCUAAAGAACCAAGCUACCUGUUCCCUGGUACCUUGGCUCAAGUCAACGACAACUAUCAACUGGACCUUUUUGACCGGAAGGGCCAAUAUUUGGGCAUCUUCCCGCCGAGCGACCUGGAGAGCCUUUAUGUUGUCCAUCCAGGCGAUACUCGGUUCUGUAGGCUUUCAGACGGCCGCACAUUAUGUUACGCCGAUUAUGGCAGCCAAUCUGCCAACGCUCCCGUGCUCGUCCCUCUGCAUGGAAUGCCCGGCGCAAGACUUUGGGGACCUCGCUUUGUUCGUUGGGCUGAAAAUAGAGGCAUUCGCGUCAUCUCAAUCGACAGGCCCGGCUAUGGGCAUAGCACGCCCAACGACGAUAUGACAAGGUUGGACCUCGCCCACGAUCUGGAGGAACUACUCGAUGCCCUUCAGGUCAACCACUUCUACGUUUACGGUGUAAGCGCCGGGGGGGCCUAUGCGCUGGCGUGCGCCCGCUACUUCCCCCGUAGUAGACUCCGCGCAACCGGAGUCAUGUGUGGGCAAAAUCCUCACGGCCCAGGUGUUUAUGAUACAUUUAACCCGCUCGCAUGGAAGUUGAGCCAUUUCCUGGCUCGGAACUUCAAAGAGCUGUGGAAACUACACUCCGGAUUCAGACACCGUAAAAUCUAUCGCAUCGUUGCGCAAAGAUAUUGUGUCGAUGACCAUACAAUACAAAGAAUGGUGGCGAAACACACUGGCCUCACACCGCAAGAGAUUGAAGAAGCGGAGGCGGCAUUUGAGGCCUUGAAGCGCGCUGAGAUCUAUCGGCAGAUGGGAGUAGGUCGUCUGGUCGAUGAAAACAACGCUAACUGGGGGUUUGAUCUGUCCGAGAUCGAAUCGAACCCUAUUUACAUUUGGCAUGGGACAAUAGACCGGAAUACCUCGUAUACAGGGGCUCUUUGGAUGAAAAAUCAAAUCAAACGAAGCAUAGUCCACUUCUCGGCAGCGCCGGGAAAGGAUCACUAUUCGGCACAGAAUCAUAAGGCCUCUAUCCAACGGCUAUUAAAACACUAAUUAAAAAUCGCCCGCUGAGCAUACAGGCCGUCGCACCAUCAGUUCCGGACCUGAACCACUGGGGGGUGUCUCUUCGUUGUGUGUUGGUGCAGUCAGUCUCUCGUGAAAAGGCUGCUUGGACUUGGUGUGAACAGAACAAAAACACCUGUCGGCGGGAUUCUCCAAACACCGUUCAUGUGCAGUUAUAGCAC